AUGCCGAAGCUGACAAACGAAAUGCGGUUCGAUAACAUCGACCAGCAGCUCGGGGAGCUUGCUGGCGUUGUAAAUGCACAUAUCAUAUGGCAUAACUGGCAGGAGGCCUUCGAAAAGAUGGAGACACUCGAUGACAUAGCCAGUCGAGUGAGCGCACUCGAGAGAAAUCAAACCACGUGGGGCAAUACCGGCCCUUCGAGCUCCACUGCGGGCGAGCGAGAUGGAGCAAUGGAAGAGGCCAUAGAGAGAUUGAUGUCUACAGUCAAUGAACUGACGGAGGACUUUCGAGCCACCGUGGAAGCCCUAAAGAUUGAAAUGGGGCAAAUAAACACCAAGCUCGCCAUCACCAUGCGAGCAGUAGAAAAUCGACCUGCUGUCCCAAUGGGCAGGGACUAUGGACGAAUGAAAGUGCCUGAGCCCCGAGUGUAUGGAGGGGCACGAGAUGCGAAGGAGCUCGAAAACUUUUUGUUUGAUAUGGAACAAUAUUUUCGAGCAAUAAAACCGGAUUCGGAGGAAACAAAGGUGACCAUGGCUACAAUGUACCUAACCAAUGAUGCAAAACUGUGGUGGCGAUCUAAAUACGAAGAUAUCAAGAACAACAGAUGCAUCAUUGACAUAUGGGACCAGCUACAGAAGGAACUCAAGAACCAAUUCCUUCCCGAGAACGUGGACUACAUUGCCUGGCGACAUUUGAGAGAAUUGAGACAGACCGGUAAUGUAAGGGACUACGUGAAAGCUUUCUCGGCCCUCAUGCUCGAUAUACGCGACAUGUCGGAGAAGGAUAAGCUCUUCUACUUCCUGGAAGGGCUGAAACCUUGGGCUAGGACAGAACUUCAACGACAGAGAGUACAAGACCUAGCCUCAGCGCUAGGGGCAGCAGAGCGCCUAAUGGACUACUCAACAGAGAGCCCCAUCAAUAGAAGGUCCCAACCGUCUCCUUCGAAUGCCAAUAGCGGUAGACCCUUCAGGCCUGCCAAUCUCCCAAGACCGGGGGGAAGCGACAAUAGGAAACCUCCGAACACGAGAGAACCUCCACCGCAGAACCCCAAUGCAUUCGGAUUUAGACCCCGACCUCUGACAUGUUUCCUAUGUAAUGGUCCCCACAGAGUGGGCGAAUGCCCUCAUAAGACCGCUCUUAGUGCUCUACAAGCAUCCAUUCGUUCCCAAGAGCACGAGGGAGGGCGAGAGGAGGUAGUAGAAGAAGGAGAAGAUGGCGCACAAGUGGGAGCGCUAAGAUUCUUGAAUGCCCUUAGUGGACAGGUCGUUCAGGCUAGGAAGACCAAUGAGAAAGGUCUUAUGUUCGUGGAUGCGGCGAUAAAUGGAAAGGCCGCAAAGAGUGUGAUGGUGGACACAGGUGCCACCCACAACUUUUGUUCAGAGAUUGAAGCUCGAAGGCUGGGCCUACGAUUACAAAAGGAUGUGGGGCAAAUGAAAGCAGUAAAUUCCAAAGCCUUACCUACGGUGGGCCUGGCGAAACAAGUGCCUCUCAAGUUGGGAACUUGGGAGGAUCGGGUGGAUUUAAUUGUAGUACCAAUGGAUGACUUUGAUGUAAUCUUAGGAAUGGACUUCCUAGUGAAGAAGAAGGCAAUCCCUAUUCCCGCCGCUAACAGCCUGUUGAUGAUGGGGGAACAAACGGGAGUAGUUCCCGUACAGAGGAAGCAACUGAACAACCCCAAACUUCUAUCGGCCUUCCAAUUUAAGAAGGGAGUAAGACGCAAAGAACCCUCUUACAUAGCAUUAGUGGUAGCGAGGGAGGGUGAAGAUGAUGAAACUACCCCUCCUAUGGUGCUGGAUGCCUUAAAAUCAUUCAAAGAUGUGAUGCCGGACAACUUACCAAGGAACCUACCUCCUCGACGAGAUAUUGACCACAACAUCGAAUUGAUACCAGGAGCAAAACCUCCAGCAAAGGCACCUUAUCGGAUGGCCCCUCCUGAGCUGGCUGAGCUACGGAAGCAACUUGGGGAACUUUUGGAAGCAGGGUUCCUGAGACCCUCGAAGGCACCUUAUGGCGCUCCAGUAUUAUUCCAAAAGAAGAAAAAUGGAACUUUGCGCCUGUGCGUAGAUUAUCGAGCCCUGAACAAGGUCACGGUGCGAAACAAGUACCCGAUCCCUUUAAUAGCUGACCUGUUCGACCAGCUAAGCGGAGCCAAAUUUUUCACUAAAUUGGAUUUGAGAUCGGGAUACUACCAAGUGAGAAUCGCUGAAGGAGAUGAAGAGAAAACCACCUGCGUCACACAAUACGGAGCCUUCGAAUUCCUGAUGAUGCCUUUUGGGUUGACGAAUGCACCAGCAACAUUUUGCACCCUCAUGAACCAGGUAUUUCGAGACUUCCUUGACAAAUUUGUGGUGGUGUAUCUUGACGACAUUGUAAUCUUCAGCUCUACCUUAGAAGAACAUGUCUAA